AUGGCGUCCUCACUUCGUUCGCCCGCGGGCAAGACUCUCUCGAUUACACAGUCGGCCCUGAAUAAUGCCCGACCCUACGCCCCUGGCGCGCCGCAAUGCCGGUCUUUCUCGCAGACGUCGCAACGGUGGGCUUUCAAGACGCAAAACUUCAGCCCGCGCACCGCGUCCCAGCCCUCGAUGAAGGUUCGGUCAAAGGACCUUCUCGCAAAUCAACUACCGAAUGAUAUUGGAUUGUUACCGGGAACCUUCGUCCGCCCACUGUGGAGGGAUUUGCCUUCGGUUUUCGACACGCCGCGGGAUCGGCUCCAAAUGGAGUGGACCUGGAUUAAGGCAUGGUUCCAGAAUUUCAUGAGCUUGAUCAUCUAUACCAAGAAGGACAACAACUAUCCCCUCCUUCUGACAGAGCGUCGAAAGAUCGCAACCUCCCUAUACAAAAACAUGUACACCCUUUUCGCCAGCGGCGACAUCCCCAAACUCAAGCAAAUAACCUGCGACGGCCUCUCCACAAAACUCAUCUCCCAAAUCGAAGCCCGCCGCCCAACCGAAGUAGUAACCUGGAACCUAAUCAAAUGGCUCCGCCAACCCAACACCUACUUCACCGGCAUCCGCGUCCUCUCAGACCGCGCCACCCAACUCCCCGAGGUCCCCAAAUCCGGCAUCCGCCAGAUCGUCCUGCGCGUCUCAUCCCGCCAAUCAAUGACAAAGGUCAACACCGCGCCUUUCCAACUGGCGGCCAAGGCCUCGAAGAACGUUGCUGCCGCCCAGCAGCAGCAGCAGCCGGCAAAGGAGCAGGAUGUUACCGAGUACGUCGUUAUUCAGCAACUUAUCUGGAACGGAAAGGAUGCUGGUUGGCGCGUUUGGGGGAAUACUAAGCCUACGACUAUGGAGCAGAUUUGGCAUGAUCCUUCCUUUGCCCCGGGUAUGACGGCGUUGGAGAGACUUGAUGCUAUGAAGGAUUUUAUGAAAUAA